AUGUCAUAUUACUCAAGAGCAUUAUUAAAAUCAAGUAAAUCUAAUUUUACAUUAGUGCAAAAUUUAGAAAGGGUUACAGAUGAAAGAAUUGUGCAAUACAUAAAAACCAAAUUAUUGGUAAAGAGAUGGAUCGAAGAGGUUAUAGAGGCCCCAUUAAGCGCAGAUGAUAAUGAAGAGUUAGAAGUUUCAUUAAAAAAUGGUAUUGCCUUAUGUACAUUAUUAAAUAUUAUACAGCCAAACAUUGUUCCAAAAAUAUUUACAAAAUUCGAUUUUGGGUUUAAAAAUAAUAUCGAUUUUUUUAUAAUGGGUUUAAAUGAAUUGGGUUUUCCAAGACAAAAACAAUUUUCAUUAAAAGAAUUAUAUGACGGCGAAAAUUUCGUUAGAGUUGUAGAAUGUUUAUCAGAGUUAUCAAAAUAUGUAUGUAGUAAAGGUUUCCACAUACCAAUGAAACCAAUAACAACCGUUUCCGACAAAGAAAUCAAAGUACCAAACGAGGAUGAAAUCACACUUUUAAGGAUCCAAUUAUCACAAAUUAAAGCUUUUUCCGAAGGUGAUUCUAUGAAAACAAGUAUUAAUAAAAUAAAUAGCUACUACACAAAUAAUUCAUAUGUAGCACCUGUAUCCAAUAGUAAUAAUACCUCAAACAAUAGCAAUAGUAAUAAUAAUAAUAAUAGUGCUAUUGGUGUCAGUUCUCCAACAGUACAUAAUAGCAAUAAUAAUGUAAAUGGAAAUACUACAUCAAAGGCAAAAACUACUUUAACUCCAACUCAAAAACCAAAACCAACAGUUUCACCCUCUCAAAUAAAACAACAUGAAAAAGGUUUUAUAUUAUUCCAAGCAUUAUUUAGAGGUUAUAAAACAAGACAAUUUGUAAAGAAAAUGAAACGUGAUAUUGCAUACAGAGAAAAGGUUCAACAAGAAAUUUUAAAAACUGAAGAAGAUUAUAUAAAGAAUUUAAAUCUUUGCAUUACACACUAUAUGAUACCACUAUACGAAAAAGAGCUAAUCAACAAAGAACAACAAAAGAUGAUAUUUAGCAAUAUUGAAAUUAUUUAUAAUUUUGGUAAAACUUUAUUAGAAGAUAUAAGAGACCGUUGUGGUGCAAAAUGGACAGCAUAUCAAAAGUUAAGUGACCUUUUUUUAAAAAUCUCAGCAUUUCUCAAAGUAUACAGUUCAUACGUCCAAAAUUACGAUAUAUCAAUUGAAGUUUUGAAGGAAUUAAGAAAGAGCGAAAAAUUUAAAGAUGCUUUAGAGGAGAUUGGUGAUUUUCCAGAAAUCAAUAACUUUGAGUUGGAUUCAUUUUUAAUUUUACCAGUACAAAGAAUUCCAAGAUAUUAUCUUUUACUCCAAGAUCUUGUUAAACAUACAUGGCCAGAGCAUCCAGAUCAGAAACCUUUAGCAGAAGCAGCUGAAAAGAUUAGAAAUGUUGCAAAUUUCCUUAAUGAACGUAAAAGACAAAUGGAAAAUAUUCAAAAGUUUUCAGAGAUACAGGCUAAUCUUGUUGGUAAAGGUAUACCCGAGUUAAUUACACCAUCCAGACAGUAUAUUAAACAAAUCAACUAUAACGUUCAAGAAACAAAGUCCGAUAUGGUGGUGUUCAUUUGCAAUGACUGUAUGAUUAUUGGCAAACCAGUUAAAUCAUUAUUUAGUGAUUCAAAAAAGAAAAAUAUUCAGUACAAAGGCAUCAUUGACUAUAAUAAUGAAAUAGAGUUAAAAGACGAUGAAAAGAAUACAAACUAUCUCAAUUUAGUUCAACCAGGUGAUGAUAAACAAUUAAAACUAACUAUUGUAUUAAAAAAUGAAAAUGAAAAGAAUGCUCUCAAAAAAGAAUUACAACAACUAAUCAAUACACUUUUAGAAAAUAAAAACUCAAUCAAACUAAAGUUAAAUCAAUCCACUUCUACUACAACCACAGGAGCCGGUGCAGGUACAGGCUCAACAGGCAACAAUAGUCCAAGUCUUAAUAAUAGUAUAAAUGGAUCACCAUCAAUAUUAUUAAAUUCCAAUAGCUCACCAAUAGGCUCUCCAAGAAUAGAUGAAUACAAUAUUAAUCUUACAUUAACUGGCAAUAUAACACCAAAUGGAACAAUUAAACCAAAAUUACAACGUAAAAAGAGAAUUGAUAACUUAUUGGAACACCCUGAACCUGAAAAUAAUAGUGCAGAUAGUGACCAAUCAUCACCACAACAACCAUCAUCACCAACAAACAGUAGUACCAAUAAUACUAGACAUAGAUCAAAAUCAACCAUUUCAAAAAUUGCAGGCCAUUUAACCUUAAGAAGAAAAAAGAAAGAAAAACACCUAUCAUUAGACGACCCAAGUUCAUUAAUCAAUGGCAGCGAUACUGGUGGCUCAGAUAUCGAUGAUUCUAAAAAAGUCAAUCAUAAUAAUAGUAACAAUAACGACAAUGAUUCAAAUGCCACAUCACCAUUAAGCUCGCCAUUAUCACUAUCAGUACCAACCACACCACCUCUAGACCCAUCUUCAAACAAUCGUUUAUCUUGCAGCGGUUCAAGUAUAGCUUCAAAUGUAAAUGAUUUAGAUUUAAAUGACCAUGAUAAUAAUAACAAUUGUAAUAAUAGUAAUAGUAUGAAUAAUAAUAGUAUGAAUAAUAAUAGCAGUGGUAAUCUUGCUGAAAGAUUAUCUUCAACCACUUUUAUAUCCUAUAAAGAUAUCUUACAAUCAAGAAGACAACUAGAUCAAAAAUACUUAGAAACCUAUUUAUCACCCGAAGAAUUUAAAACUUUAUUCGAAAUUGAAAAAGAGGAAUUUUACAAAUUACCAAAAUGGAAACAAAAUCAAAAGAAGGUUUUAUUAAAGUUAUAUUAA